AUGUCGUGCUACCCAAGCUUCCACACGCUGGAGGGGGAAUUGCUUGACUUGCGCAUCUGCGCCACCAUCGAGGCAAAGGAUGCGGUGGCGCUGCUGUUCUACUGUGGCGGCGACGAGAAGGCCUGCGUGGUGCAGCCCUGCAGUUUGGCCCUCUCCCAGUACCAGCUCCACAUCGGCCCGCUAGGACGCGACGAGUGCGUGCAGCUGCCAUACAUCGCUAUCGCCACGUGGGGCAUCGUCCGUGCGCCGUCCGCCGUCGCGAAGGCCUUCGUGCAGGUGCAGCACGCCGAGGAGGCCGUGCGGGGCACGGGCGCGUGCAACGGCAGCAGCGCCACCUCCGUUGCACUUCCUGAUAACAGCAGCGCGUCUCCGAAUACGGCGGUCAUGCCGAUGCUGACUCCGCCGGGGCAGCAGCCGCAGCAGCCACCUACCCGUCCCCGCUACGCAGAUCCGCUGCCGUCCCUUUAUGUAGUCACACUCCAAACAAAACACGUGUGGCAGCACAGGCUGAUCGUGCAGUCCGAUCGGUUAUUGAAGAACUUGAAGGCGCAUCUGGCGAUGGCGCACUGCCUCGCACGGGUGACCGAUUUGCCGGCCUUUUCGUACGCCGAGGAGCGCCACCGACACCUGCACAGCGCCGGCGAAAGGCACCGUGAACCGAGAGAAGGGUCCGCCAUGUCUAGCAGCAACAGCAGCAGCAGUAUGUCCAUUUGGAACACGGAGUUUGGGUGGAACCUCUACUCCCCUCAGCGGGAAUUUACACGUCAGCUGUGCAUCGAUGCCUCCCGCAGGGCACCCGCCAUUGCCACCGAGGCGGACAUGCAGGAUGGCCGCAUUGGCGUGCAGCGCGAUCUGCGGCCGUGGUUUGCGCUCGUUGACUUGCGCGAUGAGGAACGGACCCGCGACACUGAGGGGCGGUCGGCGGACUUCUUCUACACCAGUUCGCCCACCUACCCGGAUCUGUUUCUUCAGCCGAAGGUGGUGGACCGCGAGCUGCUGCUCAAGGAUAUGAACGCGCGCUCUCGGGCGCGGGUGCCGGCGAUUUCCUAUGUUUGCCUACGCACCGGUGCCGUCCUUGCGCGCAGCUCGCAGCCGCUGAUGCGCUCGCCGCAGUUAGGCGCCGACUCCGACGUGUGCUACACGCUGAUCAACAUGGGCUACGUCCCCCACCAUACUCAGCCGCGACACACACACGUACCCCCCACCACGAUAGCGAACUCGGUAGCAGCAGCAGCGGCGGCAAAGCCACCGCUAGCCGGACCAGCACCAGCAACUACACGUGCCACCACCACGUCAAGCGGGGGCUUGACAGCGAGCAGUGCCGCCGCCUCAGCCGGUCCGCGGCCGGCGCGCCCCCCUUCUCUCUUCGACGAAGACGAUGCAGACAGCGGAGGUGCGGUCCCCACUGCACGAACACCAGCACCCAACAGCACGGCAACAGCGGCCGUAGCGAGUGGCAGCGGGCGGGGUGGCGGGACGAGCGCAUCGGCGGCCGCUGCGUCGCAACACGGCUCCCCACGCAGCACAGCACACACGAGCAGCGGCCCCUCGCACACCUCCCCUGCACCGUCGCACGCGAGCCCGGCCGACACCGCGCCCGCCGACGGCCCGCAAAGUCCCGCCGUGGCCGCAUCCGCGGGAGGGCCGAGGAUUCUGUUUGUCGCGGACUGCAGACCGCAGAUCACCGCAGCCGGCAAUGCGCAGCUCGGCGGCGGCUACGAAUCCGGCAGCUUCUACGCCUUCUGCCAGACGAACUUCUUCGAGAUCGACAACAUUUUCGGAGUCACGAAAGCCUUCGAGAAGCUGCGCAGCAUCGUUGCCCGAUACCAAGGCAACACGGCAGAGAAGACGUUCCUGCGCCGCCUGUACGAUGCGGACUGGCUGGCCAUCACCCAACGCGUUCUCGUUUGUGCGGUGACGGCGGCGCAGUCGCUGCAGGGCGGCGUCUCGUGCCUCGUGCACUGCACGGAUGGGUGGGACCGGACGUCGCAGUGCACGGCGCUGGCGAUGCUGAUGCUCGACCCGUACUACCGCACCGUCGUGGGCUUCUGCACGCUGGUGGAGAAGGAGUUCUGCUCCUUCGGGCACAAGUUUGCGGAGCGCGCCGGGCACCAGCUGCCGGGCCGCACCUCCUUCUUCACCCACUCCGGCGUUGCCAGCUCCGACACGGAGACGCAGCAGCAGCAGCACGGCGGGGCACCACGCCUGGACACGUCGCCCGUAUUUCUGCACUUCCUCGACGCCGUCUUCCAGGUGCACCGGCAGUACCCGACCUGCUUUGAGUUCACCUCGGACCUGCUCGCCUACUUGUCCGAGGUGGUCUACGGCUGCCUGUACGGAACUUUCCUGUGCAACGGAGAGCAGGAGCGGCGGUUGGAGGGGGUGCGGCUGCGGACGGCGUCCGUCUGGACCGACGUCCUGCGACAGGUGCAGCGUGAGAAGAAGGGUGAGGUCCCUCUAAAGUUUGUGAACGUGGGGUACGACGCCGCCACUGCCUGGAAAUUCAUCGCACAGCGUCGCCGGGGCAGCAGCCGUAGCAGCAGCAAAGCACAGGCAGAGAAUGACCCGUCUGCUGCAGCACCGCGCUGCACAGCCCCGCUCGCGGACUUUGUGCUGCUGCCCAACUGCAGUAGUAAACGACUCGUCUUCUGGGAGUCGCUUUACAUGCGCGAGGACGCCGACCGCUACCUCAGCUACAACCCCUAUGUGCGUCUGCCGCAGCGGCAGCAGAAAGUGUCGUGGGGCGCCGACUUCGAUGCCUUUCUGGACAGCGAAAUGGCCGCCGCGUGUGCGGAUCGCGAAAAGGAGAUGUUCGCCCUGACUGCACUGGAGGCGUUCAUGACGCAGGAGGCGGGCAACGCGGCGGUGGCCUCACUCGCGGCGGGUAGGGCUCGCAGUGCGUGGUGCGUCUACGACGCGGUGAACUGCUUUAACUGCUUAAAGGCCUUCGGCAUGUGGAGCACGAAGACGCAGUGCGCGGCGUGUAAGCAGUACUUCUGCACGGAUUGCCAGGUUCACGACUGCAUGCUACAGCAGUACUGA